CAACUUGCUGGACAAAAACACUUGGUCCAGUAGAAGAGUAGUUCAACUGUUCAUUUAAGCUCAUUUGAGCUAAACUGGUUGAAGAUCACUUUUCACAAGAGUUACUAUAAGAAACGUUUGACGGACAGUUUUGAUGGUGAAACAUCUUGUACACAUUUGUAGCUGUAAUAACUCGCAUUUGAUUCUGACACACAAUGCAGGACAAAAACACUAAAUAUGUUGUCGGAAGUCUGAAAAAGUUUGAUAAUGUCACUCAGAAGUUCUAUCAGCUCAGUAGCGACUGUCUUCAGAACAGCCCAGCACCAAGUCCGGACCAGUAUAACCUGUUCACCCCCAUUCUACCGUUGGCACAUCCCAUCCACAGACAGACAUACUCCCAGUGGAAAUAUUCCAUGUUUGUCAACACCAUUUUCCGUAGGAAACGUGGACGGAACCUGUUCCUUCUCCCCAUUGGUCCAUUCCCCGAGUCCAUAACUGAAACCGCGGUGGCUGGUCGCAGACUUUGGGACUUUCUUAAAGACUUUUCUUCGGCGUUCUUUCUCGGACUCGACGUACACAUCCUACCAGAAGUUUCACUGGAAAACAUUAACUGUACAAAACGGGUGCAUAAAAAAACGAACCAGAUGCAAGUUCUAGUUGGAGACCUUUUUCUUUACUUACAAAAGAUGUGCCCUGCCGACGGUUAUUCUGUUAUCGGAGUGUCCUGGACGGACCUGUACCCGUCAGAAGACUUGAACUUCGUGCUCGGUGAAGCGUCAUUUGUUCAUGGCAGCGCGGUGAUCAGCUUCGGACGGUUUGAACCCAAGCUGUACGAGGAUGGCCUAAGAGUGAGGGAAUGUGGGAGUGAGGGAGAAGAUGAGAGAGCAGUCAUGUUGCUGAAACUCAUCAAGUCCCUGUGCCAUGAGACCUGCCACCUGUUUGGGCUGUCCCACUGUGUCUUCUUCCAGUGCCUGAUGAACGAGAGCUCCUCCAUGGACCAGGCCUUCGGGCAGCCCCUGUUCCUCUGCCCCGUGUGCCUGAGAAAACUGCAGAAGAUGUGCAAGUUUGACAUCAGGGAGAGAUACCUCACGUUGAGAGAUAUGCUGUUGAAAUGUUGUGAGGAAGUGGAGUCUCGGUAUUUUGUCAACUCUGCAAAUUGGCUCGAUAAGUGCUUGUCUUUUCUAGAUAAUCAUGAUGAGGCAGAAAGAAGCUGAUUUUGGUGAAAUUUUCCUUAACAUAGUCAAUUUAAGUCUAUACAGUCAAAUCUGUGCAAGUGACCAAGUAUACACACCUGGCCAAUGUGACCACACAGUAGAUAAUUUUUCUCUAUAGAUACAAGAGGGCCUGCAAGCUCUUUUUC